AUGUCUAUUAUGGAAUACAAUGGUGCCGCCAUCAUAGCUAUGGUUGGCAAAGAUUGCGUUGCAAUUGCGGCAGAUCGACGUUUAGGAAUUCAAGCUCAGACUUUGUCUUGCGAUUUUCAAAAAAUCUUUCAAAUGGGUGACAAGCUUUUUCUGGGUCUUCCUGGGCUGGCGACGGACGUGCAAACCGUGUCAAACCGGCUAAAUUUUCGCAAGAACCUGUACGAACUGCGAGAAACUCGUCAGAUCAAGCCCAAAACUUUCAUGAGCAUGGUGUCAAACUUGCUCUACGAAAGGAGAUUCGGGCCUUACUUUGUGGAACCGGUGAUUGCUGGGUUAGACCCGAAGACCAACGAGCCGUACAUCGCGGCGUUAGAUCUGAUCGGAUGUCCGAUGGAGACGAAAGAUUUUGUGGUGAGUGGCACUUGCUCGGAGCAGAUGUAUGGAAUGUGCGAGUCUCUGUGGGAACCAGAUCUCGAACCCGAUGAUCUGUUCGAAACCAUCUCCCAAGCCUUAAUGAAUGCUGUGGAUCGAGAUGCUGUCAGUGGUUGGGGUGGCAUUGUUCAUGUGAUAGAGAAAGAUAAGGUUACAACACGGACACUGAAAGCUAGAAUGGACUAG